GAACGUUUAUGUUAGGGCAGGGGGGCCUUUCAAAUGAUGGAAUACAUGUUAAACCAAUGCGAGCCAGUCGAAUUUAAAUGAGGCUACCUCCCCUUUGCUCGUCCUUUUUUUUCUUUACCUAUUUUAUUGACGGUGACAGCUGUUAAUGUUGGCCAAGCAAGCGAUUGUGAAGUCCGGGUAUAUUUGAAAGCAUGCCUCUGGCGCGCAGCCUGUCCGUGACCUCCCUGUCAGGCCUGGAGGACUGGGAUGAGGAGUUUGAUUUGGAGGAUGCCGUCCUCUUUGAGGUCGCCUGGGAGGUGGCUAACAAAGUUGGGGGGAUCUACACUGUGAUCCAGACCAAGGCGCGGCUGACCGCGGAGGAGUGGGGGGAGAACUACUUCCUGGUGGGUCCGUAUGUGGAGAGCAACGUGCGCACCCAGGUGGAGCUCAUCGAGCCCACCAACCCCAUCCUCAAACGCACCAUCGACAAGAUGAACGCCAGCGGCUGUAAGGUGUACUUUGGUCGCUGGCUGAUCGAGGGUAGUCCCUAUGUGGUCCUCAUCGAUGUGGCAUUCACCGCGUGGUCUCUAGACCGCUGGAAAAGCGAGCUAUGGGAGAACUUCUCCAUCGGUGUGCCGUGGUUCGACCGGGAGGCCAACGACGCUGUCCUCUUCGGCUUCCUCACUGCCUGGCUCCUGGGAGAGUAUGCGGCUCAGUGUGAGGAACCCCCCCACAUCCUGGCCCACUUCCAUGAGUGGCUAGCGGGCUUGGGGCUGAUGCUGUGCCGUCGAAGGCAGCUUCCCGUGGCCACCAUCUUCACCACCCACGCCACCCUGCUGGGCCGCUACCUGUGCGCUGGCAAAGUGGACUUCUACAACAACCUGGCCGAGUUCAACGUGGACAAGGAGGCGGGCGACCGACAGAUCUACCACCGCUACUGUCUGGAGCGGUCUGCGGCGCGCUGUGCUCAUGUCUUCACCACCGUGUCCCAGAUCACUGCCAUCGAGGCAGAGUACCUCCUCAAGAGGAAACCAGACAUCAUCACUCCCAACGGUCUGAACGUGAAGAAGUUCUCGGCCAUGCAUGAGUUCCAGAACCUCCACGCCAAAAGCAAGAAUCGCAUCCAGGAGUUCAUCAGAGGACACUUCUACGGGCACCUUGACUUCAACCUGGACAAGUGUGUGUUUCUCUUCAUUGCUGGACGAUAUGAAUUCUCUAACAAGGGAGCGGACAUUUUCUUAGAGGCCUUGGCUAGACUCAACUACCUGCUGAGGGUGAACCACAGCGACGUGACGGUGGUGGCCUUCUUCAUCAUGCCCGCCAGGACCAAUAACUUCAAUGUGGAGACGCUGAAGGGCCAGGCGGUCAGGAAGCAGCUCUGGGAUACAGCGCAGACGGUAAAGGAACGAUUUGGCAAAAAACUUUACGAGUCUCUGCUAGUUGGGCAGCUACCAGACGUGUCCAAGAUGCUGGACAAGGAGGACUUCACCAUGAUGAAGCGAGCCAUCUUCUCCACUCAGAGGCAGUGUCAGCCACCUAUCUGCACCCACAACAUGCUGGAGGACAGCAGCGACCCCAUCCUCAACUGCAUCCGCCGCAUCGGCCUCUUCAACUGCUCCGCCGACCGCGUCAAGGUCAUCUUCCAUCCAGAGUUCCUGUCAUCUACCUCUCCCCUUCUGCCUAUGGACUACGAGGAGUUUGUGAGGGGCUGCCAUCUUGGCGUGUUUCCCUCCUACUAUGAACCCUGGGGGUACACUCCAGCUGAGUGCACAGUGAUGGGUAUUCCGUCUAUCUCCACCAAUCUGUCAGGCUUCGGCUGCUUCAUGGAGGAACACAUCGCAGAUCCUUCUGCGUACGGGAUUUACAUUCUGGACCGGAGGUUCCGGGGAGUGGACGAGUCGUGCAACCAGCUCACUUCCUUCCUGUUCCAGUUCUGCAAGCAGAGCCGGCGCCAGCGGAUCAUCCAGAGGAACCGCACCGAACGCCUCAGUGACCUGUUGGACUGGAGAUACCUCGGCAGGUAUUAUAUAUCAGCGCGGCAUAUGGCACUGGCCAAGGCCUUCCCUGACACCUACAUGUACGAAGCUCAAGACCCUACCUCGUCAUCUGGGUUCCGGUACCCUCGCCCUGCAUCUGUGCCCCCCUCCCCAUCCCUCUCCCGCCACUCCUCGCCUCACCACAGCGACGACGAAGACGAGCGCUAUGAUGAGGACCUGGAGGCGGAGAAGGACCGCGUGAACAUCCGCCAACCCUUCGUAGCUAAAACCAAAGCUGGUGACGGGGUUCCGAGCGAGAGCGACUGAUACACCCACACGCACACACACGCACACACUCAAACAACUCUCUAGGGAAGCUUUUUCAAAAUCUUUGCUGAUUGAUGUCCAUGUUAGGGGGGGCAGGGGGUACAAUUAGCCUCAGCCUCAAUGUCUUCCCAACAUGCCAAAGUGGGGAAGACUUAUUUUGGAAUUAUCGACUGAAUAGGUACAUCAAUCAUAAAUAAAAAAGUAACUAAUAAAAUAAAUAAAAGUUCUGUUUUAAGUUGUAGCAGCAGUUUAACAAUUGGUUUACUACUAAUGUUGCCUAUUUUACUGAUAAAAAAUAAAUAGGGUAUUCUGCACCAUAGCAAGUUUAACUUUUGUACUUACACUGAAUAAUGAGGGGUAUUUAAAAGAAGACCUCGUUUAUUUUGUCACCUCUACACAAACUGAAAGCUACAGAGGCCCGUCCCUGGGCACAAGUGGAAGCUUUUCAGACUUUCAUUCAGAACUUUGCACAGCCUCAAAAGAUCCUUCCUAACAUAUCUACUAGCUUGAGAAGGUGACUUUAUUUUACAACACUGUUUUAUACCUGUAGUUGCCUACCUUGUGGUGGCAGUUGUCUUGUUUUUAAUGCCUAUACACACACACAUCACACACCACACUCUCACUAUCACAUACUGCCUCAGAACCCCAUGCUGUAUGAAUCUCUUCUACAUUAAGAUCUCAGCACUGUGUGUUUGUUUGUUUGUUAGCCUUUUGGUAACAGGGCCUUGUGAUAACCACACUCAUGUCCGUCUGAGCGGGUGACAGUAUAGCUGUAAACUGGCCAGUCAGUAUUUAUUAAUGAUGAAGGAAAGAUGAGGAGCGUUCCUUUGUGCAGGUUAUACAGUGGUCUGGUCUAAAAAAGGUGGUUUUGAAUGGACUAUCAUAACAGCGAAGGAACUGUGACGCUGUGGUACGUUUUUAAGUAUAUGUGUUAUUGUCUGUUAUUGAGGGAAUAUUGUUAGUGUUGUCUUUUGUUGACCUAUUGUACCAGAUAAAUACAAAUAAAGUCUAUAUGUACACUAUAUGUUUACUACAAACAACAACGCUCUCUUCUCCUUUG